GUUACGAAUAUUACUAUGAAAAAUCUAUAAAGUGGAGGGCAGGGAUUACUUUUCAUUCAUUAGAUAUACCGGAUGUGACAGACAGCAUAACGAUUCUUGAGGUUAAGUGACAUUGCCCUUAUUAUUUUCUUUUUUAAGUACCACGACUUUUGUUUCUGACUGGUGGACGAAUCGAAUAAUAUGCCGGCGCCGAAUUCUAUUAGCGUGGCCGUAAUAUGUUCUAGUAAUAUGAAUCGAAGCAUGGAAGCCCAUGCCUUUUUGAGCAAGAAAGGUUUCAAUGUAAAAAGCUUUGGAACAGGGGAUAAAGUUAAACUUCCUGGAAAUGCUCCAGAUCGCCCAAAUAUCUAUGACUUUGGAACCUCUUAUGAUGAAAUCUACAAUGACCUUUUAUCAAAAGACAAGCAAUACUAUACACAAAAUGGGUUAUUGCACAUGUUGGAAAGAAAUCGUAGAAUCAAACCCAAGCCAGAACGAUUUCAAUUGUCUAAGGACAAAUUUGAUAUUCUAAUUACUUGCGAAGAACGGGUAUACGACCAAGUGAUUGAAUGUAUGGAAUCCAGGACUCAGGAGGACAAUCAACCAGUGCACCUAAUUAAUAUUGAUAUCCAAGAUAAUCAUGAAGAAGCUACAGUUGGAUCCUUCCUCAUUUGCGAAUUAGUCACUGUGUUGGCCAGUAGCGAAGAUCUAGACAAUGACAUAGACGAACUGCUUCAUGAAUUUGAAUCAAAGUUUGCGAGAACGAUUCUACACACUGUGCUGUUUUAUUAAGAACCCUAUCAGAUGUCUGAAACCUGGUGUUUGUCAACAACUUAACUUAUGAAAGGAACUAAAAUAUCUCUUACAAAGCAUACCGCCACAUUUUCUGACUCGGAUUAUGUGAAACGAAUUCCACUGUAAACAAGUAGGAAUUUGAUCCGUGCUUCCUAUUUAAUAAAUCAUUACUUUCCACGGGAUAUGUUUCAGAGAUCUGCUAUUUGCGUUUACAUUACACCUGCAGUCGGCAAGAUGUAAAAGCAAGAUCGCAGCCGCGUUCGUUCAGCGAUGUCCGAACGCUAGUUGUCAGAGAGGAUAGAAAAGCGAGACGCGACGGACAUAAGUUAUGAAAUAUUUUAAUUUUAUAAUAUAUACGCAUAUAAGUACAAUAGUAAAUUAUUCUUAUAUGUGUAUGUAUUUU